UUUGUCUUCUCAUCACGUCCUUAUACAUCACCAUUCUCUCUCUCUCCCCUCCUCUAUAUGUCAAACCCCCUAAAAUUUCUCCAAACAAUUAAUACUCUCUCUACACAAACAAAACAAAAACUGAUUCAAAUUCAGAAGUAUGGUCAUGAGUCCUUUCAUCUGUGCCUGUGGCAGUGGCAAUUUUCCUCAAGAAGAGAGAGAAGAGAAACCAUGGAGUAGUCUUCCUUCAACACCAAGAAAAACAAUCAGUCCCCAGCGCAGCUUUUGCAAUAAGAGCAGAAACAAUAACAAGGAUAGCAAGAACCCGUAUUCGAUUUGUGGGCUCGACAAGUUCUCUGCACUUCUAGCUGAAUUGGAGGAGAAGAGGCAGAGGAUUUACUCACAAGUGGAUCCAAAAGAUGUUUCUUUUGUCAGGUUUGUUUACUCCAAUGACAAUGAUUGUAUUCCAAUUGUUGUUAAACUGAAGGAGAAACAAACAGAGACAGAGAAAGAUAAGAAGAAGAAACCCAAUAAGAACAGAGAAGCUAAGCAUGAUUCAGAAAUCCCAGAUCAAAAGGUUAGAACAGAGCCAAUAAUUACAACAGCAGUUGAAGAAAUCAAGCAAUCAAAACUGGAACCAAAAGAGAUGGAGCAGAGGAGGCUUAAAUGGAGAUUAUGGAGUACUGCUCCAAGAUUACAGAAAUGGAGGCAUCCUUGUUAUUAUCUCCCAGUGGCAAUAAUUCUGAUUUUGCUCUUAUUGGCUCUGUUUGGGAGAUCUUUUGCAAUACUCUGCACCUCUCUUGGAUGGUACAUAUUGCCUACCUUGACUAGUUCUGAUUCAAAAAGGCAUACAAAGAAUAAUAAGAUGUAUGUAAGAAGAUACAGUGAGAAUAAGAUGGCCAUUGAUGGGCUAUUUUCUCCUAAGAACAGCAAUUCAGGAGCUGUGAAAGACAAAUUGUUGCUGCAUAACCAUGGACAUCAAAAGAGCUGGUGAAAUUAAGGAUCUGAACUCACUCUUCUUUCAUCUUUUUUUUGGGUUUUGUAUUGGGGUUAAAGAAUUAAUUAACCCCUUGUGUGAUAGAUUUUGGUUAACAAGUUUUGAGUUCAUGAUGGGUUUGGGUUGAAAAGUCAAUCUCUUUUUCUUUUUCUUUUUUUGACAUGUUUUGUAAGUGUAAAUUAUUAGGGACAUAAAUGGGUUGAUUUAGGUUAUUAGAGAGACCAUAACCCAUGUUGGCAUGCAUGUACUAGUGUGCAUAAUGGUUUGGUUUUGUGAAACUUCAAUUAGUGUUGCUGUCCAGUAGUCAUGGGUGGGGGUUUUAUCCAUUCAUAAAAAAUAAUAAUAAAUAUUUAAUAAUUUAAUAUA